ACUACCAAAAUUAAAAUUUUGCAACAGAAAAUUAUAAAAAAUGUAAUAUGUUUAUUUUUCUGUUUAUCAUAUAAUAAUUAUAUUUAUAUUUAAUAAAAAAAAAACUUUUUUUUCUAUAUAAGUUUAUCAUUAUCACAAACUUAUGUUUAUUCUUUCAAAGUUAAAAAAUGUUUUCUUUGAAACCACCAGUAUUGAAAAAAAAAGUGGACACAACUUUUAUACCAUUUCCUAUUUACAACGACGAUAGAACAAUAGUAAAUCCCUGGCCAAAAUUUCAUGGAAUUCUUGGACAGCAAACAGUGAUAAUUAAAAACUUAAACGAAAUCGCUCACCUUAAUAAUAAAGGUUGUUUUGGUCAGUCUACUUUACCUCAUCAAAAUAUAUGCUCUUCUUAUAGAUUAUGCAAAAACAAAACUAUAAAAUGUAAAACUAAUUGGAAAUCAAUGCAAUUGAUACCAUUUAAUUUUUCGGAAAACUGCAAUGAUAUAUAUGAUGAGAUUGGUAACAAUGAUGUAAAUAUUCCUACCAAUUGGAAAGAUCUUAAAGAUAAUUUUCCGGAUAAAUUACAAAGUCUUGAAAUACUGUCAGGACAAAAAAAAGAUGGUAUAUAUUAUUUACAACUAGAAGAAGCAUUUUUUCUCUUACAUACACUUGAGUGCCUAGAAAUUAAAAAUGAAGAUAAUACAGUUUUCAAUGAAGAUGAAUGCUGGAGAAUAUUUAGUUCAUUAAAACCCAGUUUUCCAUUUCUUUAUGCUGCAUAUCAUUAUUAUAGAUCUAAAGAAUGGGUAGUGAAGUCUGGCAUUCAAUAUGGUGGUGAUUUUGUAUUGUACAAAAUUUCACCAGUAUAUUACCAUUCUUCCUAUGUUGUAAUUAUUGAUAUUAAUGGUCAUAAAACAAAAUUAUCAUCUUGGUCUGAAAUGUUGGGUUGUGUACGUAUGACAGAAGCAGCUAGUAAAGAUUUAUUACUAUGCACAAUUGUUGGCCCAACUUUUGAAGAAUCUAACACAAUUGACAUGAGCAAAUAUACCAUAAAAGAGACAAUAAUAAAACGUUGGGUACCAGCUCAAAAUAGAAAAAAUAUAUAAUGUAUCAAGAUUAAUUAUGUUAAAAUUUAUAUAAUAAUUUAUUAGAUAUACAAAUAAAAAUACUACAUUUCUAUGGUUA